AUGCCCAAGAGAAAGGCUGAAGGGGAUGCUAAAGGAGAUAAAGCCAAGGUGAAGGAUGAGCCACAGAGAUCUGCAAGGUUAUCUGCUAAACCUGCUCCUCCAAAGCCAGAGCCCAAGCCUAAAAAGGCCCCUGCAAAGAAGGGAGAGAAGGUACCCAAAGGGAAAAAGGGGAAAGCUGAUGCUGGCAAGGAUGGAAAUAACCCUGCAGAAAAUGGAGAGGCCCAAACACAGCAGGCACAGAAAGCUGAAGGUGCUGGAGAUGCCAAGUGAAGUGUGUGCAUUUUUGGUAACUGUGUACUUCUGGUGAUUGUACAGUUUGAAAUACUA